GCACACAGAUGUCGGGUUGGAUGGAUAUUCGUGAAAAUGUUUACUUGAGUUUAUUUGCAUUUUAGUUGGAGCAGUAUGGAGGACAUGAAAGGUCACAUGCAAAUUAGCAAUAUUUCGUUUUAAAUUCGCUGCCGAAUAGAGACUGACUUCUCAUUUGAAACGCACAGUCCGCAUCUGUUCGAGAGAGCCGUCCCUGACGAUGAACUGAGCCUCAGACGUCUGCACUGUUCCUGGAAGGACAUCGAGGGGGAAAAAAAACACUUAGUCUUGGAUUUAUCUGGACACUUUGCGCAUUGCGUAAUUAGCCAAAGAAAUGAGUUGGACUGUUAAUUAGGGCACACAUUAUGCUGGGAUCAACCUCUGUGGGGAAGCACGUGACGCACCGUGCAUGUUGUAAACACAGCAGGAACGAGGACAACGCUGUCUAAUAUGCUCGGGACACCUCGACAUCUGAUGCUGGUGGCGCUCGGUUGGCUAUUUUUGGUUGUGACGCGCGGCAGUGAAGCAGUUUCUAGUUGCCUGGACCGUGCCUGUAGUCCACCCAUAGGAAACCUGGCAAGUGGCAGGACCCUGUUCACCCUCUCGAACUGCUGUGGGAACAGCACAUCCCAGCAUCCUCUGUGUCCCCAACCUUCUGUCAGUCCUCAGGCCUGCUCUCAGGAUCCUCACCCAGCUCUUCACAUGACUGAUGACCCUUUCUUGCAUCCAGAUACCUGGUGGGCAUCAGGUGGAGGUAGAACCAUGCGGGAGCAGCAGGAUGAGAUACGUUUAGACUUGGAAACAAAAUUCUAUCUUACUCACCUGGUUUUGGUGUUCAAGUCACCGCGCCCUGCUGCCAUGGCCAUUGAACGCUCAGUGGACUUUGGAAAGACGUGGGAAGCUUUAAAGGUUUUUGCGUAUAAUUGCAGUGUAGAAUUCGGUUUGCCUGAUGACUUUGAUCAGCCAGGGUCACCGUGUACAUCCCGCUAUACUGAUGCUGCACCCUGCACUGGCGGAGAGGUCAUCUUACGUACUCUAAACCCCAGCAGUGCUAUGACACUUGACCCCUACAGUCUAGAGGCCCUCUCUCACCUGACCAUCACAAAUCUCCGUGUCAGACUGCUAAAGUCCCAGACCUGUAGCCCAGCUCUGACCCCCCCAGGACGCUGGACAAGCUUCACAUCCUCAGUCCACACACCCCCAUCCAGUUCAGAAAACUCUGCUUCAGCACCUUACGCUAUUUAUACUUUACUGGCAAGAGGCACCUGCCUGUGCCAUGGACAUGCUGAGUAUUGUGUACCACACAACAAUGGAAACAAGGAAACAGAGGACAGUAACAUGGUGUUUGGUAGGUGUCUGUGUACUCACCACACAGCUGGAGAUCACUGUGAUGAGUGCACCCCGCUCUACAAUGAUCGACCUUGGAGGCCUGCCAAUGGAAGCAGUGGGGAGGCCAACCCAUGCCAGAAGUGUGAGUGUCAUGGUCACGCAGCUACCUGCCACUUCUCUCAGCGGGCAUGGCUUUCCUCUGGAAGACUCAGUGGGGGUGUGUGUGAGGACUGCCAGCACAACACAGCGGGGCGUAGAUGCCAUCGCUGUCGCUCUGGCUACCACCGCCGCCCAUCCCUGCCCCUCAGCUCCCCCCACACGUGCACACGCUGCUGGUGUGAUCCUCAGGGUUCUUUCCCUUCUCCACCUGGAAAGGAGGGACCCUGGUGCCACCCUAGGAGUGGCCAGUGCCACUGUAAAUCUGGUGUAGGGGGCACAAGCUGCAGCCACUGUCUACCUGGCUACUGGGGCUUUGGAGGGGAGGGAUGCAAACCUUGCACAUGCCCCCACCAAUGUGAUCCAUUCACUGGCCAGUGUCUCCACAGCUACACAAAUAAGCAAAUGUUAAAUGUGCCCAUUGGUGGGAAAAUACCUGAUUUGGAUCAUUUUUUGCCAACUGAAGAAGAAACACACUUGUCUCAGGAGCUCACAGUCUCUGCUGUGCAUUACACAGGGAAGUGUAGCUGUAAAGAGAAAAAGCUGAGAAGUGCGUCUGAGCUCUGCAAGACCAAACAUGAUUAUGUCAUCAAGGCCAAUGUGUUGUCUGCUCAUGACAAAGGCAGCCAUGCUGAAGUUCAUGUCAAAGUUCGCAAGGUCCUUCGAUCAGGUCAGGUGGCGCUGCGCUUAGGAACCGCCAGCAUCUAUCCUCUGUCCUGGACCAGCCGUGGCUGCACAUGCCCCAUAUUAAACCCAGGUAUGGAGUACCUGCUUGCAGGCAAAGAGGAGCCUGGAACGGGCCGUUUGCUUGUCACUAUGCAGAGCGUCGUGGUUCCAUGGACACCUCAAGUAGGUCUGAUUGUAUCAAACAGCCUGAGAAAUGGAUGCCGCUGAUCCAUAUGAUCUAAAUAUGAGGAGGAAUGCAAUCCAGAAGGAUUUUACAAGAUACUCAUGAGUGAGUGACCAAUUCAGAUAGUGGACUGAAAAUCCAGGAGUCAAACUUGUCCAGCUCGUUGAGGCUUUAUAACUGAAGAGAAGCAUCCAACAUGUGGGCAAGAGAGUGAAUGGAUGUUAAAGUGGUCUGACUUAAGGUGCUGUACUUGAUGUUAAAGACCUAAUUUGUAUAAAUAGUUGAUUUUAUUUUUGCUUGUUUUUUCCCCUUAUAGCCAGAUUCAUUUUGGAUCUGGAUAGCUACUGCAAAAAUACUUUGAUUUGUUAAGCUAACACAUCUUCCUGUAAUACUACAUCUCCUUUUUUUUAAAUCAGCAGAAAACCAAGUGUAAAAUACUGCAAUUAACAUAUAAACAUCAGGCACUUCAUCAGCUACACCUGCUCAUAUAGAAAAUAUUUCAUCAGCCAAUCAUGUGGCUUGGACUCUGUGAAUUUAGAUAUGCAGAUAGAUAUGCAGGAGCAUAGCAGAGAGGAAGAAAGGUGGUUCUAGUGACUCUGAACAUGAGCCAGGUGUGCUGAUCUGACGUGAACCCAUGGAU